AUGAAGAACACAUUCGCUAUCUAUGCCUUUUUGGCCUCGACUGCCUCUGCCCACAUGCAGAUGAGCAACCCGUAUCCCCUUCGCAGCCCUCUGAAUCCAGACGGUGGGGAUAACAAGGACUAUUCCUACACUAGUCCGCUGGAUCCGUCUGGAGCAAACUUUCCAUGCAAAGGGUACCAGAACGAUGCUUUCAAGUCAGUUGCUACCUACGAAGGUGGCCAGCAGUACAGCAUGUCUCUGGAAGGCAGUGCUACUCACGGCGGUGGCUCGUGCCAGUUGUCUCUCUCUUAUGACACUGGAAAGACGUUCACUGUCAUCGAGUCCAUGGAGGGUGGCUGCCCCCUGACUUCCAACUACACCUUCACCAUUCCCUCGGAUGCCCCAACAGGGGAGGCUCUUUUUGCCUGGAGCUGGUUCAACAAGAUUGGCAACCGCGAAAUGUACAUGAACUGCGCCCAAGUCACCGUUAAGGGAGGUUCUUCCAAGCGCGCUCACGCUCGUGACCUUAAGGUUGCCCGCGAUGGGACUGCCUUUAGCUCUCGCCCGCCUCUGUUCAUUGCCAAUGUCAAUGGUCCUGGUGAAUGCACUACGACUGAAGGCCAAGAAGUCAAGUUCCCUGAGCCUGGCCCUAAUCUGCUAGGCGGUGUUGCGGGCCCUGGUUACACGUGCAAAGGCUCUGCAUCCUUUCUUGGUGAUGGAUCUUCCACUGGAGGCAGCUCGGGAACUUCAGCUGCUCCAUCGAGCACGACUACAGCACCAUCAGACUCCAGCCCUAGCCCAGCCGUCACUGCCACAACCUCUCCUUUAAACACUGCUCUUCCGACGACCACCACGAGCAUCCCUAAAGCCAUUCCAACCGAUAGCCCCUCAUCAGGCCAGUCUUGCUCGACCAACGGUGCUAUUGUCUGCGGCUCCGACGGUAAAGCAUGGUCAAUGUGCAGCAGCGGCUCUCUCAUCAGCAUGGGCUCUGUAGCUGCUGGGACUACUUGUACUAACGGAGCAAUCAGCAAGAUCUAA